AUGCACGCGCGUUCUCCGGUGUGUGUUGUAGGUUCCACCCCGCAAGGUACAAAGUGGGGGAAGGCUAUCGUGCCAACAGGCACCAAGGUGCCCGGCGCGAGGCGCUCCCACUCGCGAGAAAAUACGACGGUGGUCGCCAGCAUCGGCGCCGACGGCCAAACCUACAACCCUAUCAUCAUCUACAAAGGCCAGCGUAUGCAACCCGCUUGGAUCCAGGACAAGAACGGCGUCCUCGAUGCGAAGUACACCGUCACGGGGUCAUCCUUCAUCCAGAGCCACGUGUUGCUCGACUACCUUCGAGACCUGCGCGAACAGCUCGAUGCACGCGGCUUGCAGGGCAAAGUUUCCCUUGUGCUCGACGGCCAUGCCUCGCACACGACCUUCGACGCCAUCAGCUUGGCCAUCUCUCUGGACAUCGACCUCUUCCAGCUCCCGUCCCACACAUCGCACAUCACCCAGCCCUUGGACGUUGGUACGUUCGGAAUCUUCAAGAAGGAGCUCACCAGGGUGCUCACGGCCUAAUUUACCCACUGAAAAUCGGGG